AUGCACUGCAUGCUUUGCACCGUAGUCCUCCUCAUCUUUCCUGUUUUGGGACAAUGGAGUGAAAGCAUCUCAAAUCCAGGAGACGGAGGUCAUGAGAUCUUUCAUGCAGCAGAUCAUUAUGAUUUCGCUCUUCUGCUGUCUGGCACAGAGUCACAGUGCUACUGGCACUUUGCUCGUCAGAACGGUCACUUUUACCUGACUUAUAUGGUUCAAUGGGUGUCUGGGAUGACUGUAGGCAAAUACUUGGUGGUCUCUAUUCUCUCUCCUAAGGGUAUCCUCCUCUCCUACACUGAUAACAAUAUGGGCCAGAUGAACUUCCAAGUAAAGGAGACAGGUUUUUACCAGAUGUGUUUUGCCAACUAUCACAACCAUUUUGGUGACAUGCGAGUCUUUCUGAACUUCGGGGUGUUCUAUGAGGAGGAGGACGAAGCCAAAAAGGAGAAGAAAAUGGACAAAGAGGUUCUAAACAGUGCUCUUUCCAACAUUAAGGAUAUGACAAAUAAGAUACAGCUUCGAAUCCAGCAUAUGUGGCGCUUCUAUAAUGUAGCACGGAUGCGCAGAGGGGCUGAUUACUUCCUGCUUCAGUCCAAGUCCUACUAUGUGAACGCCUGGUCUGUCUUCCAAAGCUUUGUCAUCAUCGUGGCUGGAUAUCUGCAGAUCUUCCUCCUCAAGAGGUUCUUCAGGACAGAUGAAAACCGACUUCGCUGCUGAGAGAAAGUGCUGAAACCUCAAAACUAGUUGUUUCCUUUUUGGUUGCUUUCUGUUUACUUGUAUUUGA